UUUAAACGUCAAAUUAAACCGUCAAGGUAACAAUCAAAUACAAAUAAACAAAUUUAACAAUUAAUUAAAAUAAUGAACGUCUGUUUAACUUUCGAAGUACUUUUGUAUUUAAAUUCAUAUUAUUUCGGUUUGUUUGCGAUUUGCGAGAUCGGCAUGAACAUUGUGAAGGAAAUUAACCAUCCCUUACCCACUUUUAAGGCGGAUUUUGGAAUAUUAUUAAUCGUCUGUUUGUUGGAAUUGGUUCGAUUAAUUAUCGCAAGGAAAGGAAAUUUAACUGAAAAAUGGUGGCCGGUAUUUAUUGCAGUAUUAUUUACUCUUCCAUCUGCUUUUGGUAUUGUUUAUUUUAUUGUAUGGCAAAGCUUUGUAUUACGUUUCGAAUAUAUUAUUUGUGCUAUACAAUUAAUUUUACAAGCUACUGAAAUUGUGUUUGGCGUACUUUGUUUAUUACCUAUAUGUAAAACGACUGAGUAUUAUUAAUUAAAGCUAAAAUUAAAACAGUA